AUGAAACUACUUUUCUAUUAUUUUGUAGUAUUAUCCGGUGGUCCAUUGGCAUCAGAAUAUAAGCUGAUACAAUUUCAUUUACAUUGGGGAUCUGGUAAUAAUUGGGGCUCUGAGCAUAUGAUCAAUGGGAUAAGUUGUCCAGCUGAACUACAUUGUGUAUUUAUUAAUACUAAAUAUGCUACAAUGGAAACCGCUAUUACUUAUUCUGAUGGAUUAUCAGUUGUCGGUAUAUUUUUUCAAUUGGGCAAAUCAUCGAAUAAUAAUAACGCCUUAAAACGUUUAUGCUCAUUGUUGAAAUCAACAAAGAAAGGCGAAAGCAAAGAUAUUCAACCUAUGCUUGAUUUGAACACACUUUUGCCAAAUGAUUUAUCCAGAUACUACACAUAUUCCGGAUCAUUGACUACCCCACCAUGUAAUGAAUGUGUCACAUGGAUCGUUCUAGAUGAGCCGGUAGUGAUGACUAUUGAUCAACUUGAAACAUUACGACAAAUGCAUGCUAAUUGUGUAACCUGUGGUCAAACCGAUAAUUUUCGUCCAAUUUGUCCAAUCGGUUCACGUUUAGUUAGAUGUUCAUUUCGAGUUUAAAAAUAAAUAAAAAAACAUAACAACAAAGCAAUCCAAUGUAGCCAGAUUCAUUGAAUACACAUGCAAUUGACUCAUUUACUCAUUUUAUUUACAACCGUAUACAGAAGAAAAAAAGUUUUUCUCUCUUUCAUUUACAAAAGAAUCAGGAAUAUUUCAAUCUAUCCAAUAGUAUUCUAGUCGAUAUUCACAAUCAUAUGAGACUAUACUAUACAUUGCUUGAUUAUUUUCACAGAAUAUUUACCAAAAAUAAAAUAAAAUAAAGAGAACCAUUAUAUCAAAUUAUUGUUUCCUGUUCUUUUAAACUAUCAAAUUACUACAAUACACAGUUUAUUCAACAUUGAAUUGAUGUUUUAAUGCUUCUUUUCAUUAUAUUGUAAAAAUUUAACUAAGCAAGAUUCUCAUUUUAUUCUAGUUAAUUAAUUACUUAAUUAAUUGAUUUUUUUCUUUUAUUUUCAUCAUUUUAUUGAUUAUUAUUUAAUUAUUAAUCAUUUUAUAAAGGGUCUCGUUUCCUUUCCUUUACCUCCCUAUCAAUGUUAAUAUCAUUUAAUGAUUUUAGAUUUGAAGAACACAUUACUUUCAUUUGUUUGUUUUCAAUGAAUUAAACAGAAUAAUAAAUAAAUAAUUAAAUAUAUGUAUGG